CACACGUAACCAUACAUAUAGCACACGGAGAGAGACGCAUGUGAGAGACAGAACUCAGACCCCCAAUCACCCAAACCCAAACUCAAAAAACCAUAUAAAACUAUUGGAUCACCUCUGAAUAUGUCACCGACCACUUGCUAACGCUUGCAAUUAUAUCUUUCCUUUUUUCUCUAGUUGGGUUUUUUUUUUUUUUUUUGCUCUGAGAGAAAGAGAGAGAGAGAGUUUGUGAGUUUUGGGGGCUUGGUGAUAAAUCGAUGGCUGCACCACCAGCAAAGGCUCGUGCCGAUUACGAUUAUCUCAUCAAGCUUCUCCUUAUUGGCGACAGUGGUGUGGGCAAGAGUUGUUUGCUUUUGCGCUUUUCUGAUGGUUCCUUCACAACCAGUUUUAUUACCACCAUUGGGUUUGUAUCCCUCGGAACUGUGGAGUUUUUAUAUCUUGAAGUGUUGUAGCAAACUUUCUUCAUGCAAUAAUGAGUGCCAAGAUGAGUAUCAUGGGAUUGAUUUUAAGAUAAGAACUGUUGAGCUUGAUGGCAAACGAAUUAAAUUGCAAAUCUGGGAUACAGCUGGUCAAGAGCGGUUUCGAACUAUCACUACAGCUUACUACCGAGGAGCCAUGGGUAUUUUGCUGGUGUAUGAUGUUACUGACGAGUCAUCUUUCAACAACAUUAAGAACUGGAUUCGCAACAUUGAACAACAUGCAUCUGACAAUGUUAAUAAGAUACUGGUGGGGAACAAGGCUGACAUGGAUGAAAGCAAAAGGGCUGUGCCUACCUCUAAGGGCCAGGCUCUUGCUGAUGAGUAUGGCAUCAAGUUCUUUGAAACUAGUGCAAAGACAAAUAUGAAUGUGGAGGAGGUCUUCUUUUCAAUAGCAAGGGAUAUUAAGCGGAGGCUUGCAGAGACUGAUUCCAGGGAUGAGCCAAAAUCACACCUUGAGGUUAAAAAACCGGACCAGACAGACGGUGGUGGUCAAACUGCACAAAGGUCAAGUUGCUGUUCAUGAUUAGAAAUUGUGGGAAUGUUCUGAUAGUGGCACUCAUUAGGGUGUAUAAGCAAUUCUGAUGAGGAUGUAAUGGCAAUAUUGUACAACUCCCCCUUUGAAUUUUACUCUCUCUUUAGAGUAAAAUUCAUCAAGAAAUUUAUAAUCAAGUCAAGGAAAAAUUAUAUUUGCUGAACUUGUAAUCCAUUCCCCCCAGAACUUCUCUGAAGUACUUUUAUUUGUUGCAUAAGUGACCUCUUCAUAGUUGGAUUGUUCUUUAGAUAGAAUAUUUGGUUA